UUUCUAGAACAAUGUGGCUGUUUAUCCUUGUGCUCCAGCUUUGGUUAGUGAACGCACAGGAGGCACUGACGGAUUCACCGUGUCUUGUGCAUAUAACAAACAGACCUCCAGAAAAUGACGACAUAGAGGUGACCUGUAACCCAGAAUACAUGGAGUUGAGCGUCUUUAUCUGCCCUAUUUACCAAUCUCUUUAUGACGAAAAUAAUAUGGCUCUGAAUGGAGAGUUUGGCAAGGAAGUGUGCCGUGGGAUACCAGACUGGGAUGCCAAUCCGCCUGUACUGAGAUUCAGAGUCUCCAUGAAUGAAAGUGAAGAAAGUUACUGCAAUUGCUAUACCGAGGUAAUCACUGAGAUCGGUACAGGACUGUUUUCCGACUUCUCAAAUAUACAAUAUGUAAAAGUCAUGGGAUCCAUCGCUUCCCAUGACCCUACUGCUGGAGUCAUCACAUAUCGGAAGCAGAUAAAAUACCAGUUUCUUUGCAAAUAUCCCUUGCAAUAUUUGGUGAACCACACGGAACUUGCAGUAUUGGGUGUGAGUUAUGCCGUAAAUGAGAAUAACGGUAGCUUCAUCAGCACUCUGAAUAUGGCACUUUACAGCGAUGAAAGCUACACCAAUCCCCUAGUUGUUCCAACUUCGGGGAUAACCCUGAAGACCAGGAUUUUUGUGAUGGUUAGGGCGACAAAUUUAACAGAAAGGUUUAAUGUGCUACUCGACCGAUGUUUUGCAACUACCACUGAUUCGCCCACAAACAACACCUUUUAUGAUCUUUUCGUAGGAUGUAUCAAGGAUGGACAAACAGUGGUGGGCUCGAACGGGUUUGAGCAGACAGCAUUCUUCUCCUUCGAGGCAUUCAGAUUUGUGGAACACAAUAAUGAUACUGUCUCCAGGUUCUUCCUCCACUGUGUCACCCGGCUUUGUGAGGUGGACAACUGCCCCAAUUUAGUGCCUAACUGUGACGAAGAAUCAAGGAGUGAUACCAGGUCAGGGGGAGAUACCACCGACGACCCGCCACAGGAUUCCGUUGGCGAACUGCCGCCAGCGGUAGUCAGCUCUCCCGUUAUUCUGGUGUCGCAGUUUACCAAGUCCUCAGCUCCUCGGGCACAGAUCAAUGCACUGAGAAGCACCGCGAUUGGAUUAGGGAUUGCUUUUAGUGUCCUCACUCUUCUCGCGGUGUCCGUCGUCCUGAUCCUCAGGAGAAGGAAGAAUAAGAAAUAGACGCUUUCGUCUGUUUCAACCGUUCCCCUUUCUGUACUCUUUCUGUAUCGCUCUCAUAUAACUGAUGUAUCUUUCCAUCCCUAAUAUCAUACAGCUAGGAAACCAGUGACCACAGAGAGAAAGGGAGAUUAAUAUGAUUUUAUUAAAUAUUUUGUUGUUGUACUAUACAGAUGUAGGCCGUUUUGGAGGCAUACCGGAAAACAAUCAUUAACAUACAAAUAUAGUACAUAAAUCUGGUGUAUAGUGUGUGAGAAAAAUGGUCUAUAUUUUUUAUUAUUGAGGUUUUAAAAUGCAUUGAUGGGGAUUCAAACAAUGACAAUCAAAUAAAGUUUUUUGCUCUUAUUUGAUGAUAGCGUUUGAUCACUUUGCACAACCCUCUACUGUGUUAUAUCUAUUAGCGUGAAAUAAGCCCAAUGACUACAAUUGGGCCACUUGAGCAUUUUCUAUUGACAUAAACUGCAUUGU